AUGGAUAUGCCUCAAAGUACACCACCAGCAGUAGCAACACUUGUUAGUAAAUGUUGGGCUAAAAAUCCCAUCGAUCGGCCAUCAUUUGCAAAAAUUUAUGACGAAUUGAAAAGCUUAUCAGCUGAUAACACUGACAUUACCUUAUCAAGUGGUGAAGGAGACUGA